AUGUCCUCAUCCUCUAACCAACCACCACCACCACCACCCACUGACCAUUCACAAAAAAAAUCAAAUGAAUCACUAAGAUCUCCCAUCAGAGAAAAAUUCAAAUCUAUAAUCUCAAAGGCCUCCCACAGAUCGUCCUCCCCUUUGUCUUCAAGAUCGUUUUCCAAUUCAAUUCCAGUCUCCUCAACAAAUGACAACGACAAGAAAUCAUUUGAGGUUUUUUAUAGCCAUAAAAACAACCAAUUAUCACCUUCAUCCUCAAACAACCAACUAUCUUUAUCUUUAUCAAAUACCAUUGCCAAUGCAAAUAACCAAUUUUUAAAUUUAAACCAAAACUCAAAUCUAAGAUACAUUGAUAACAACAUCAACAGAAAUAGUCUAAGCACUUCUUACUCUUCAACCUCAUCUGAUUUAAACAUAAAUAACAACACAACCAGUCCUCUACCAAGUGCCAGCAUCAUAGAUUUAGACGACGAUUAUGAAUAUUACAGAUAUUACUAUAAUUAUCAUCAGUCCCAACACAUAACAAGAAACUCUCACAUAAUUGAAAAUUUAGAUAACUCUAAUAGCAACAAUACUUCAGAUUCUAACAAUAUCAAUCAAAAUGUAGCUCCACCGAGAAUAAUAUUACAACAACAAACGUCAAAUUCUAACGACUCUACAAAUCAUUUAUCCCUAUUGCCAACUGACCCGAAUUUAAAUACAAAUCCUCACCUUUCAGCUCAAAGUAGAAACACUUUAUUAAGCAUUUACAAAAAUUAUUCAGACAACAAGAGCAACCCGAGUUUAGUCGAUUCAAAUAAUUCAAAUAAUUCAAAUAAUUUAAACAAUUCAAACAACUCAAACAAUUCAAACAACUCAAACAAUUCAAAUAAUUUAAACGACUUUUUACCAAAAACUUCAAUCUUAACCACCCACACUUAUAAAUCUCAUUCUAAACAUUCAAUAAUGAGAAACUCGACAAACUCAAUCAACUCAGUUGAUGUCUCCUCCUUAUCAUCCUCAAAUCAGAUUAAAAAUUCAAAAAUUCAUCAAAAUUUAUCAAGCGAUUUUUCCUCUCAAUCCCAAUCCCAGUUACCAUCGCAGCCCCACACUUCUUUAUAUGCAAAUCACAAUAAACAAUUGUCGAGCCUUGACCGGGGCCAUUCAAGAACAAAAUCUUCCAUCCACUCUUUUUCCUCAAUGACUUCAUCUUUUUCAAAAAAUAUCAGCACAGUCAAAAAGAGAUCAACAACUUUAUCCAAACAACAAUCCUUUGAAGAUAAUCCCAAUCCUAUUCCCGAUCCCACUCCUAAUCCAAUUCCUAAUCCUCAUCUUUCUUUAGAAUCUGAACGUAUCUUAUCAAACAAUAAUCUAGCGGCUGGACAUAAUAAUCAAACUUCAGCAACAUUCUAUGAUAAUGAAAUUCCUUUAUUUAACCCUCCCAGAUUUUCCUCUCAAUUUUCUUCUCAAUUCUCUCCCUCAAAUCAUAAUAAUAGAAUAUCUACCAAUACAGGUUACACUUCAACAACUACCGGCGGCAGAAGUGAUUUAUUUGAUAAUUUAAAUUCUCCAACCUAUGCACCAACUAUGACUAGUAGCUCAUAUUCGCCACAAGACCAAUUUUUCCAAAAUCGUUUGAAAUAUGACUUUUCUAAAUUGUCAAAUAUCCAAGACGAAAAUAAAUUCGAUGCAUAUGAUAAAAAACUAGCAGAACUACAACACGACGUUUCUCAAAGACAAUUAACUCCUAAUCAACCUCUGAAUGUUCACAAUAGGACUAAGAACCAAGGAAAGGAUAAUGCUAGCAAUAGCGAAUACGACAACGAGGAAGAAGAAGAUGAUGAUGAGGCUAGGUAUAAAGUCGGAGACGACGAUGCUGAGUCUUCGAUUUAUGUCCCAACAUACUUGAACAAUACUAGCCAUCCACAAGGUAAUAGCAACAGCACCUCCUCAGUGGGAUUCUCUGGUAAAAACGCAAUGAUGGGAGAAAUUAACCAUAGUAAUUUUAAUAGUAAUCUUAAUGGUAGUAAUAGUAAUCACUGUAAUAACAAUAGUAAUAAUAGCAACAAUACCAAUUAUUCACAUAAUAGUUAUCACAUUAAUAGUGGAAAUAAUGGCAAUAGUGGUAAUAAAGAUGAUAUGAGCUAUAAAUCGGCAUCAUCAAAAUUUAUUGUUAAUGCAAGUACAAACUCUACCCCUAGUUUGGGAACUAAUUUUGCUCAAAAGAGUUAUUCGUCUACUAAUACAAUGGAUAAAGUACAUAUAGGGGGAUCAGUUAUCGGUGGAGCAGGGUUCGGAAAUGAGAUCCAAUCAAUUAACAAUUCAAUCAGUGUCAAUAGAAUCAUUGCAAGGUCCAAUUUAAGUAUCCCUAUUGAUUCAAAACCCAAGUUGAUGUACGAACAAAAACCAUUGAAGCAAAUAUCUAAUCGAAGUAUUAAUUUUGCAAACAAUAAUACCAAUAUUAGUAAUGAUAAUGAAAUUGAAAUUGCUAGUGGGAAUGGAGUUGUAAAUGGAACUGGUAAUGUUAAUGGUAAUGGAACUGGCAGUGGAACUGGCAAUGGCAAUGGUAAUUUAAGAACCAGUGCUUUAAUGAAGGAGACUCAGGAAUUGAAAUUGAAGAGUUUUAAUUUGAAACCAGGAUUGAACAAAAGCGUAUCUCAAAAUAAAGUGCUAUAUGACGAUUUUUAUAAGAAACAGGUUGAUGUUUGUUCGACCAACUAUGUGAUACUAUUAUUAAUAAUUGGGAUAUUUGUUCCACCAUUGUAUUUGUUAAUUUGUUUUGGAUUCUUUGAUAAAUCAUGUGGAUAUAUUCCAAGGCAGUAUAAGCUAUUAUCAGCAACACUAGCCAUGUUUGUGAUUGUGUUGAGUAUUGUCGGAAUAGCUGUUGGUUUCGGAGUUGGGGUAAGUUAA